ACUACUGCUACUCUUUAAAUUUCACACAGUGAAAGUGUCUAAAUACUAGGCGACAUGAUGUUGUCACACUGCGCAAGUGUAAAACGUGGACAAUCGCUUAAUGUUUCGCUCACUCACGCAAAAUAUCAGACUAUGACAAUGAACAUUAUUACUCGUCGUGUUAACAGAAGUGAAACACUGGUCUGAAGGCUUCAUACAGCACCGUAGCUGUGAUAAUAGUAGCGUCUCUGAGCCGUGGCUUUAAAGCGAAGAAGGGAGUACGGGAGAGCACUCUCUCGAGCUGCUACAUUCGUCUCUGGUUGUAUAAACUCAACGGUGAAAAAGUUGCAACGAAAGACGAAAGAAAAGCGAAUUUUACGCAAAAGAUCUCAUUUUCUAUUUCAGUACGGUAUAUAUUCAACUAAAACAACUCGAUUUUGGAUUGAAUUUGUGGAAAAGCAUCCCAAAGUCCCUACCGUUAAGCAGGUUUAUACACCAAGAUAACAAUUCUCCCGCUUCUUCCGGUCGUAGCCGGAAGCUGCCUUCGCUUGUUUACAUUCUUCGAGGGGUCUAGCUAACUGGCGAACAGCAAAACGCUAGCAGCUUUCCCAAAAUGAUUAAUAACAAUUGAUCAGGUUUGUGUAUUUACAGCAGUUUCCACUUGUAUUUUCUCUCUGUUGUUGCUCGAGCCAUGGUGUCAGUUCGCUGCUGGUGCUGUCUCUGGGUAAUGUUACCGGUCCUCUUGCUGCGGUGGCCGGGGCUGCUCGUCACGGCGGAGCAGGUCGCUCUGGUGGAGGUUUCUCUGGAGCAGCGGCCCGGUGUCAGCGCUCUGCUGCAAGGGGAGGUGGUGGAGUCCAGCAGGGGCAGCAAGAGCUCCGAGCACCGGGACGAGGACCGACAGGAGCUGGAGGGAGAGCUGGUCCUGGUUCAGGAUCAGGAGACUCAGGAGAGCGGAGGAAAAGACGAGGACAAUGCCAAAGAGCAGGAGGUAUGGAUCGGGGUGGUGCCUGUGGAGAUGGACGACAGCAAGGCCUCCACCGGAAACCAGGAGUCCUUCGCCGAUGCAAUGGUCAAUAAAAUGAAGCGAGCCUUGGUCCUCGGAGCGUCUGCGCUGAUCAUCCUGGCUCUCAACCAAAACAGUGUCAGUGAGAUGGAUCUGUCUCAGGUGCUGUCCAAGCCCAUCAUUGUGAUCCAGACGUCUGAAAAUGUCACCAAGCUGAUUGGAGCUCUGCUCAGGGGUCUUCAAGCCACAGCAAAAAUCACAUACAAGACCAUUCUUCAGGACAACCUGGGAGCCACGCUCACGCUGUGGUCCAGCUGCGGUCGAUCGAGAGGAGGUCGCUACGGAGAGUGGCAGGGGGUCAUCUGCACGGGAGAGACCAACUCUCAGGUCCAGAAGUACCUGCAGCAACUGUGGGACACCGUCCUCCUGGUGGCUCUGAUCCUCAGCACUGGAGUCAUCGUUCAGGCUCGCUGGCAGUACCAGGACCACCAGCUCAAUGACAACUUGGAGCUCCUUCCUAAACAGGACAUCCUGAAGAGAAUGUCGUCCCUGAAGACCAAAAUGUAUCGUCAGCCCAAACCGUGGUGUGACCCGUCCCAGCCCGUGGAGACGGACAACUGUGCGGUCUGUCUAGAGCCGUUCAACAACAACCAGUGUUUGCGAGUGCUGCCGUGUCUUCAUGAGUACCACAGAGAUUGCGUCGACCCCUGGUUGCUGCUGCAGCACACCUGUCCUCUGUGCAAACGCAGCAUCCUCAGCAGCGUCUGCAAAGACAGCUAACAGUCGCCUCACCGCAGAAGCAGCGGCUCUGGGAUUCAGUCUCAUCUCUUCCUCGGCAACACUCCAGUAGCCGUAUUUUUUAAACUGACCUCAAUCUUCCUCCUUCCAGCAAUGGAUUGUGGGAGCAAAUAUAAACUUCUCACAGCAGCUGGCUAGCCAUCUGGACUGUGGAGCAGUCCAAUUUUGAUGCCUGACCUUCCGGUGGGUGCUGCAGGUCUCACAGACAUACAGUGGUAGUGUUAAACCCAAUACUAUGAAGUACUGUACCUGUACUGUUGUGUGUGGACAGUACCUCUUCCUUGGAUCAUGUUACUGUACAACUGUGGAAAUAUUUGUUUGUAUGUGUGAUAUACAGCAGUGAAUAUGUGACUCUUCACACAAACACCAUCGGCAAACACUGAUAACAAGAGCGAGUUUUCGCGAGUCAGUAGUUUUUGCAUGGACAUUCAAUGCUUUAUCGUUUUAAGCAUGGACGUAUGGAUCGACUUUAGGUCCUAGUGAUGUCAGUGACCUACCCAUCCGAGUGGACUAACUGACCAUUUAAAUAUGACUGAUUUCAUCUUGUGUCCAAACUCAUACUUUGCUAUUAAAUGUUAGUCCGAGGUUCUGUAGUUAGUUAAUAACUGUGCUAUAGUCGGUACAGACGUGGGAAAAAAUGUUUGCACUUGUCCUUUAAUAUGCCUUAUGACUAAACUGCAGUGUGAGAAACUCAAACCACAAACACACUUCCUGAAUUGUACUUUAAAACUUAAGUUGUGAAUGUUACAGUAGCUAUUUUAGUUGCAGCUGAACUGUUUCAAAUGAUUAGUGAUAGAGAUGUUACACAGGUAGGUUGGUCAACAUUUGGUAGAGGCCAGAUCUCAGUUGGAUUUUCCUCCUUCUGUAAAAACUUUUAACUGCUUCCAUCCUUUUAGUAGGUCUGUUUGAAGAAGUCAAAAUCAGUACUGCUCUAAUGCUUUCUGACAGAAGUUCAUCUCAUAAACCAUGUGAAAAACACAUCCUCUUAUUCCUCAGACGUACGGCUGUAGCUACUGUGAAGUUAAAUCCACUUGAUCUUCAUUUUGUCAGUGAUGACUCAAACUCGAAGGAUGUCAAAAACAUAGUAUUAUUGUAUUUAUUUUAUGUUUUUUUGCAAUGUCAACUCCAAAAAGCAUUUACAUGUGCUUUUUUUGUUACAAAAUGCUCCGAUAGAUCUGUUCUCUUUAUAGAAAAUAGUGUGUGCAUGGCAACAUGUAGGAGGUCUCCCCACAGCUCAUCUGAGAGACACGAGGCCUCUCUGUACAGCGCGUGCUUCCAAACACAAACACAACAGCAUCAUUAUGAGAUGGUCAUAGUGUCGAUUUCUUUUUCUAGACUUAUUUGUUAUGUUCCUAAGAAGGCUGGACAACAGUGGUGUGAACUGGGUGGAUGUCAUCACAUGCAUGCACUCAAACAUUACAUGCAAGCAGCCGUCGCACAAGCUACUCGUACAGGACGAGUAUUGAGAGCAACACAGUCUGCCGCUGAUGUCCAGACUUGUUCACCAGGUCAAUAAUUGUUCUUCCAGCUACAGAACCAACUGCAGUCUCUCCAAAACACUGGAUGUUGCUUCCUUUUAUUCCUAUGCUGUCUAGUUCAUAAUGAUGAUGAUGUCAAAGAUCGAUCACUCUGGAUCUUAAUAAAUUGAUUUGUUACUUGGCAAAAA